GCGGUGUGCAGCGAGAGUGCACAACGUUAUAUAAAAUGCUGGACGCUCUCCGAUCUCGUUCCGUUGGAACAGCACUCCGCAGUGACCGAGCCGGACAGUGGGAAAUGUCCACAGCCGAUGCACUGAUGCCACGGCCGGGGCCGAGAGAAAUGAAGUGCGCGAAGACCCGAGUUAAAACUACGGCGCUGGUCGCGCUGGUGUUGUUCUCGCUACUGCUUAUCUUCCUGGGCGCCCUAUUGAUCAGGACCUACACGUUUAGGGCCGAGCAGCAGACGGCAAUCGGUCAAAGUGCAGCCCUCGCCUCGGAUUUCAGCCUGAACGAGAAAAGGCUGAUGCUGGACAAUUUCAAGGGAGCUCUGAGGAUUGCCACUGUGUCUUGGGACGACUCCGACUUCAACACGUCCGCACUGCGAGAGUUCAGCCACUAUCUGUCUCGAGUGUUUCCAAAUGUGUUUUCCUCACGCUUUGUGCACCAUGAGAUAGUUGCAAACUAUAGUCACCUGUUCACUGUCAUUGGCUCCAAUGACUCUCUCCAGCCGUACAUCCUGACCGCCCACCUGGAUGUGGUCCCUGCAGUAGGAGAAGAAUGGGAGGUCCCACCAUUCUCUGCGGAGCAGCGCAAUGGCUACUUGUAUGGACGGGGCACUUUGGACGACAAGCUAUCUGUCAUGGGAAUUCUCCAAAGCUUGGAAUUCCUUUUGGAACGAGGCUACAAGCCGCAUCGAUCUUUUUAUAUUGGGUUAGGACACGAUGAAGAGGUCGGAGGGAACAAUGGCGCCAGGAACAUUGCCGCGGUCCUGCAGUCCAGAGGAGUGAAGCUCGCCUACCUCCUGGAUGAGGGUUCAGCCAUCUUUGACAAAAUCAUACCUGGACUGGAGAAACGGGUUGCAAUGAUUGCCACGUCUGAGAAGAGCUCUGCAACUAUUGGUCUGAGUGUGACCACAACUUCUGGCCACUCCUCGAUGCCACCGAAGGAGACGAGCAUUGGAAUCUUGGCAGCAGCAGUGUCCAGACUGGAGCAUAACCCGAUGCCCAGAAUGUUUGGACAGGGUCCAGAACGUGGAUUGUUCGAACACUUGACUCCCCAGCUUCCUUUCCCCCUGAACGUGGUCAUGGCCAACCUGUGGCUGUUUGCGCCGCUAGUCAGCAGGAUUAUGGAAAAGAAACCAUCAACGAACAGUCUUGUGAGGACAACUACUGCAGUAACAGAGUUUCACGCUGGAAUUAAGGCAAACAUGAUUGCUUCUUCUGCAAGAGCAACAGUGAAUUUCCGCCUUCACCCAGCUCACAGGCUAGAAGAGCUCCUCCAGCAGAUCCAGCAUAUUAUUUCUGAUGAGCGAGUUAAGAUUGAAGUUCUACAAUCUAGUCCUCCAAUUCCAAUGAGUUCCUAUGAUGAUGACGCCUUUGGGUACCAAGUUAUCAAAGCAACAAUUGGCAACAUUUUCCCUGAUGUGGCCAUCACUCCAGGCCUCUGCAUUGCAAGUACUGACACCAGGCACUACCAGAACCUGACCACAGAACUUUACAGAUUUACCCCAAUGAUCUUGAAGGAAGAGGACAUUGCUCGGUUGCAUGGUGUGAAUGAAAGAAUACCUGUGAGGAACUAUGAAGAGGUGGUUCAGUUUUACUUUACCUUGAUACAGAACUCAGACUCUUAGUGCCUCCCAGGUUCCCACAAUUCCUCCUAUGAUCUGCAGGGAACGAGCCAACAGAAGGCCCCAGGAUCAAUGCAAUCUUGAAACGUAUGAAGUUCUCACAAACCUCGCCAGCAGUUAAUUCCUUCCACAGCUCUUGAAGUGGAUUCAGAAAAAAGACGCAACCUCAUUUCUGCAUAUCAAAGGAUAAACUUUUGACAGCACAUGCUUUUGGAAUGUCGAGGCACGUGGGUGUUUGGAACAGGGUAUCCGUAGAACUGGUUUACUAAGUCUUCCUGAAAGGAUGAGGAAGUUGUUCUCAGAGCAGUCCGGGACAUGUUAGUGCUGUGGAUACUAGUGGGAGAAAUUGCUCCUUUAAACUGUUGUCCCUUGCUCGUGGAAUCGCUUGAUAAUGGACAAUUCAGAGAAGCUGAGGAACAUCUGAAUCCAGAUGAAUUUUUUUUGCAGCAGAACAUGCCUUUGCUGUUAACGGGCACAUGAAGAAACACUAAAUGAAUGAGACCUUGACCUUGGUUGCAAUAGCAAGGCCUCGUCUAAUUCUAAUCAAUAUGACUAUCAGUUAACUACAAUAUGACUUAUCACCACAGGCUGGAAAUACUCCGCAGGUCAGAUUCAAAAGGCAUCUAUGGAUGUGGAAGGAAACAGGGAAUAAUGUCUUGUCUUAUCCAUACUGCACCAACCAUGGAUCAACCAUGAUUGUAUUUGAAUGGCAGGACAGGCUCAAAGGGCCAAAUGGCUUACUGGUCCUACUUUGGCAUUUCUAAGACAGGUUGCAUCCUUGUGGAGGGAAUCAGAGUUAAUCAUUGAUCCAAAGCAUUAACCCUGAUUCCCUCUCGACAGAAGCUGACUGACAUUGUAUCUUGUAAUGACAUAGAACGAGACUGUUCAGUCUUGAAGAUCCAUACCAUCAUCCAGGGGUGCAAUUCUCAUUAAUCUCUUUCUUCUCUCCCCUGCAAUUACCACACGGCCACCAGUUUCCCUUGACGUGUUUUUGCCAAUGACCUAGGCGGGCCAGCCAGCAUCUAUGGAGAAGAGUAAACAAUCGAUGUUUUGGGCCGAGACCCUUCGUCAGGACUGAGAAAGAAGAUGAAAGGUGCCAGGAUAAAAAGAUGGGGGGAGGGGCCCGUCUUCAGGACUCGGCCCGAAACCUCGACUGUGUACUCUUUUCCCUAGAUACUGCCUGGCCUGCUGAGUUCCUCCAGCAUUUUGUGUAUUUUUAUAUACGCAAUUUCCAUUUACCUACUAGCACAUUGUUGUGAUGUUGGAAACCAGGGAACUGGCAGAAAGCCAACCGGUCACAGAGAGACCUGCUGAGUUCUUCCAGCAUGUUUGCCGUUUACUACAACUGGAGUACUUCACUUUUAAAUUGCACAAAUCCACGUGAUUACAUAUAGCAGUGCAGUGAUUACUUUGCCAGAUGUGCAGACCAUUGCACAAUCUCGAAUCCAAUCACAGCACAGGGAAAUUUAAAUUCAUCUAAAUAAUUAGCAACUCACGUCAACAGUGACCAUGAAACUUUGGUCUGAGAACUCUACCCUCCUUUCUGUGUGACCCCAUACUCAUCAGUAUGGAUUGACUGUUAACUGUUGACGGUUAGAGACAAUUAAGGAGGGACAUUAAUUGCUGGUGUUACCGAUAAAUGCCUUCUCUACAUAUCAUUCAAUAUCUUUUGAGUGAUGUAGAUUUUAUGGAUUUAUAUUUAACAUAUAAUAUUUUCAACAUAAUAUUUAUUGACCAAAGUUAAUGUAUAUUAAUUUCAUUCCUCUAUAAAUUAUAAAGCUAAAGUUUACACUAUUCUGAAAAGGGAAUUUCUUCCAGCUAGGCUCCUGAUUUCCCUUGUCAGAUCAGUAUAUUAGUUAUUGCCAUAAUAAAUAUUUUUGAGUGGUCGAAUUGAAAUCUUUCAGGAUCAUGUACUCUUGUGUUGUCCGUUCAUAAUCUAAUUUAAUUCAAGUUUAAUUGUUGUUCAACCAUACACGAACAGUCAUGAAUACAGCCAAACGAGAUAGUGUUACUCCACGGUCAAGGUGCUAAACCCCACGUGAAUCAGAUCAGUUCAUUGUCAGAUACACGAGGGAAGCAAUGGAAUUCCUCACAAGCAUGCGUGAUCAUAGUCCUGGCGUUAGAAAAUGGAAGGCUCAGCUGAAUGUUGGCGCCAGAACGUGUGGUGGCACUUACAGACUGCCCCUAGCACAUCCACGGCAGAACGGUAGCAUAGUGGUUAGCGCAAAGCCGUGCAGCAACGGCUGUAAGAUCGGGGUUUGAGUCCCACCAUCUGUGAGGAGUGUGUACGUUCUCCCCAUGACUGCGUGGGUUUCCUCCGGGUGCUCCAGUUUCCUCCCACAUUUCAAAGACGUACGGGUUAGGGUUAGUAAGUUGUGGGCGUGCUACGUUGGCAUCAGAAGCAUAGUGACUUGUGGGCUGCCCAGCACAAUCCUCACUGAUUUGAUUUGACACAAACGAUGCACUUCACUGCAAGUUCCAAUGUACAUGUGACAAAUAAAGCUAGUCUUUACCUUAUCGUUUGUGGUUAACACAAGUGACAGAUUUCACUGCAGGUUUUGAUGUACGUGUAAUAAAUUAAUCUGAAUGUGAAUGUUCCUUCCAGCAGCUUACUGAAUGCAAGCAAUGCUUACCUUCUUGCUUCUUGACAGUUUCUUGGGCAGUACUGUGAUGCAGUUAGCGGAGCCACCGCCUCACAGCACCAGUGACGAGGGUUCAGUGCUGAUCUCUGGUGCUGCCUGUGAAGAGUUUGCACGUUCAUUUGGACCUUUGUUGGACCUUGGUUAUCUAUAAUUAAAUAUGUAAAUGUACUCAGCAUGGUAAGUUUGCAGAUGAUACUAGAAUUGCCAGUGUGGAAGGUUAUGAAGAUGCACGGGGAUCUUGAUCAGUUUGUAUGCAGGCUGAGGACUGGCAAUGACUUUCAAUGCAGAUAAAUGUGAGUUAUUUCAGUUUGGGAGAUCUGAGGGUAGGACUUGUACCGUGAAUGGUAGGGCUCUUGGGAAGCGUUAUGCAUCAGGGGCACCUGGGAGAGUAAGUGCACAGUUUACUGGAAGUGUCUAGUCAGCUGGAAAGGGUGGUAAGGAAGAUGUUCGGCAAGCUUCAUCAAUCAGGUAUUGAGUAUAGAGUCAUAGAAAAGUACAGCACAGAAACAGACCCUUCAGCCCAUCUAGUUCAGCCUGAAAUGUUUAAACAGUCUACUCCUACCGACUCGCCCUUAGCUCUCCAUAUCCCUACUACCCAUGUACCUAUCUUAACUUCUCUUAAACGUUGAAAUCGAGCUUGCAUGCACCACUUAUGCCAGCAGCUCGUUCCACACUCUCACGGCCCUGUGAGUGAAGACGUUUCCCCUCAUGUUCCCCUUAAACUUCUUACCUUUCACCCUUACCCCAUGACCUCUGGUUGUAGUCCCAACCAACCUCACUGAAAAAAACCUGGUUGCAUUUACCCAAUCUAUACCCCUCAUAAUUUUGUAUACCCCUAUCAAAUCUCCUCUCAAUCUUCUAUGUUCCAAGAAAUAAAGCCCUAACCAAUUCAAUCUUUCCUUAUAACUCAGAUCCUCCAGUCCCGGCAACAUCCUUGUAAAUUUUCCCUGUACUCUUUCAACCUUAUUUACAUCUUUCCUGUAGGUAGGUGACCAGAACUGCACACAAUACUCCAAAUUAGGCCUCACCAAUGUCUUGGGAGUUGGGAAGUAAAGUUGCAGUUACAGAAGACAUUGGUGAGGCCUCACUUGGAAUGUGAAUGGUUUUGGCCAUCCUGUUAUGGGAAAGACGUUGCUAAGCUAGAAAGCAUGCAGGGAGAAUGUUGCCGGAACUUGGGGCCCGAUCUGACAAGGAGUGGUUGUGUGGGUUGGGAGUUUAUUCCCUGGAAAGUGGGAGAUUAAGCAGUGAAGUGAUAUAGACAGAUAAGACUUUGAGGGGCAUGGACACUGAAAACACACAGUAUUUUGUACAGGGAGGAGGUGCUAAAAAUAAGGCAUAGGUUUAAGAUUGGGUGAGAGAUCUAAAAGGGACGUCGGGGGCAGCUUUGUUAUACAAAAGGAGGUGCAUCUUUGGAAUGAGCUGCCAGAAAUAGCAGCUGAGGUGGGCGUUUUAGCAACGUAUGAAAGGUAAGGACAUGGAUAGGAGAGGUUUCAAGGGCGGUGUGCAAAAUGCAAGCAGUUUGGACUAACUCUCUGGGCAACACAUUUGGCAUGGACUAGAUGGGCUGAAGGGCUGCCUCCAUUCCACGACUUUUCCUGUGACCGAGUGAUUUCCCUCCAGGUGACCCAGCUUCCCCCUCACGUCCCACGGGUGGCACGGUAGUGUAGUGGUUAGCACAGCACUUUACAGUACCAGUGACCCAGGUUCAAUUCCCAGCAGUGCCUGUAAGGAGUCUGUGCAUUCUCCCCAGGAGAUUCCACCCACAAUCCCACAAUCUAAAUUGUCCCGUGAUUAGGCUGGGAUUCAGCUGGGGGGUUGCUGGGUACUGUAUCUCAGGAAAUACAAAUGAGCAGACAGGACAGAAUUCGUUGGGGGGGCAGGAGGCUGAGGAGUGACUUUAUCGAGGUAAAUAAGAUCACGA